AUGGUUGCCAUCAACAGUCUUGGCCUUGCAGGACUUCUCUGGUUCUCCCUUGCCGGCAACUCACUCGCUCUCGGAGUUGAGCAAGGCACAGAUGAUCUAACGCUGCUGGAGAGAUCCGAUGCCGAUGACCUCUAUACUCGUGACUUUGAUAGCGAAAUCUACGAGCGCGAAUUCGGCAACACUGAGCUCGACGCUCGCGAGCUUCCCCUCGAGGUCCGUGGAGGUCAUCCGAAGACUCUCGUAGCCCCCGCUCUGAUGGGUCAUCCUAGCCGACGAGGUCUUAGCACUAGAAAAGACCCGAACAUGGAUGCUUUCUAUAAGGAACUGUAUGGAUCACGACCUAAGCGACGCGGUCUUAGCACCAGAAAAAACCCAAACAUAGAUGCUUUUUAUAAGGAGCUGUAUGGAUCACGACCUAAGCGACGCAGUCUUAGCACCAGAAAAGACCCGAACAUGGAUGCCUUCUAUAAGGAGCUGUAUGGAUCACGACCUAGGCGACGAGAUCUCAGUGCCCGAGCAGACUCAAACAGCCUCAACGCUCAGUGGUCGCAGGCGCUGAAAAAAUUACGACAUUAG